CCUCUGCGUGGACCUGAGGAGACGAGAGGGAUGAAAGGCGGAGAAAGAGGAAGAGGGAGUUUUUUCACCGGAAAGCAAUCUAGUAGAACGGUGAUGACGACAUUCCCCUUCUCCUAGCUGCUUGCGGGUGCAGAGAAUUGAACUACCAAAAAGUUUUAAAAAGGAUUUCGGAUAUAUUCUCAAUUGGAAUAAAAGCGUUACCCCAAAAACAGCCAACAUGUCUUCUCCGUCAAGGAGGUUGCAAACGAAGCCAGUUAUAACCUGUCUGAAGACCUUCCUCAUCUCUUACAGCCUCAUAUUUUGGUUCACAGGGGUUAUUCUCCUCGCUGUUGGCGUCUGGGGGAAGGUGAGCCUGGAAGCCUACUUCUCAUUAGUCACAGAACAGAGCACCAAUGCACCGUACGUUCUGAUUGGCACCGGCGCUGUCAUCGUCAUCUUCGGCUUGUUUGGGUGCUUCGCGACGUGUCGGGGCAGCCCGUGGAUGCUCAAGAUGUACUCAAUGUUCCUGGCUCUGGUGUUCCUGGCUGAGCUGGUGGCUGGAAUCUCAGGCUUCCUCUUCAGGCACGAGAUCAAAACAGUAUUAAGUACUACCUACAAGGAUGCUGUGAAACACUACAACCAGACAGGCCCCAUAAGCAAGGCUGUGGACAACAUUCAGAGAAACCUACAUUGCUGCGGAUCAGACAAUUACACUGACUGGGGGAGCACAGAGUACUUUAAAGAGAGAGGCAUCCCGAUGAGCUGCUGCAAUGACUCGCUCACCUGCACACCCGAAGCAAUGAAAGACCUGAGCAAGGCUGAGAAAGUGGUGUAUCACCAGGGCUGUGUCAAACUUGUGACCACGGUCAUGGAAUCCAACCUGGGAAUCAUUGCUGGAAUUAGCUUUGGGAUUGCCUUCUUCCAGGUCAUUGGAAUCUUUUUGGCGUGCUGCCUGUCCCGGUAUAUAACAAACAACCAGUAUGAGAUGGUCUAAUGGCAGACAGACAGAGGGCAUUUUCCAGAUGUCUGGUGCUGUAUGCUCAUGGGAAGAUGACACAAAGGAAAGACUUUUCAGAUUUCUUCGGAUUCUCCUUUUUUUCAGUUUUUUUUUUUUUUUAAUAGACUGUUUUAACCAGGGUAUGGAAUCUAAAAAAAUAAAUCAAAAUAAAAAUAAAACUAGGGGCCAAAUGACUACCAGCUCCAAGAUGUGGCCAGCACAGUUCCAUAGCAAGUUGCCAGGCAGCAUCACAAGGACUAGGGACAAGAGAGUUUGUCUUGCUUGCAAUUCUUCAGGGUUAUACAGUAUGACAACAAAGGGAUGUUUUUUUUAUGUUUGAUUAUGAUACUAAUUCAAAUGGCACACCAGCGGCCUUAAGUACUGUAUAGUAUGUGCAUGCUUUAAUAAGGAAAGCAGCUUCUUAGCUGCCAUUGUAUACUGAUAAGCUAGAGGGCACAAUUCACUGCUGCUUGUAACCACCAUGCAAUGAAGCUAUUUAAGUACAGGAACUGCCCCACAACACCCCCAUGCCUGCUGUCUCCGAGCUGGUGGGGGAAAGGAAAGAUUCAUGGGGGGGGGGUGGGGGUGGUACAGGUUGUACAAGAAUCCUGAUCACUUAACAUUUGUUUGGCUGUAAAGUAGCAGCCCAUCAUGUUUGUUUGGUAGCCCAGGUGAGUUAGCAUAUCAUCUUUCAACCAGGUGAACCACCUCCGAGGGAUACAAGGACGUCUUAGUUAUGUGUUUGAUUGGGAGGGGGGGGGGAGUGAAGUUUCAUUUGUAUGUGUGUGUUUUUAAAUUGUAAUCACGAUUUCUUAGGGCAUGGACUAGUUUUGCUUCAUGUAAAGGAUGGGUGGCAGAUCUGAGUGGGAAAACUGAAUAAAGAAAUGCUUUACAUGUAGAUUUAUUAUUAUUAUUAUUAUUAUUAUUAUUAUUAUUAAGAAGGAUCAUUUUAAUACUUUUUUAACCCUGUUAUUUACAUCUGUUAUUAUGCUUUCCUUUAAGAGUUAACAGUGAAUUGGUUUCCUAUGCUUGCCUGUGGGGUGCGGGUUUCAUGUAUUUCAUCUAAAAAUAUUUUUUUCUUUUUAAGAGAGUAGCUAAGUUCCUGUGUAAAGUGUAGCACACAGGCUAAUCCCUUGAAACAAUCGAUCAUGCCUUUUACAAGUUCAGUAAGACGUCUCUUUUUGUAUUGCUUGAGGGGGGUGUACGUGCUACAUGCAGAAGCAGUCAAGUGGUUAAUAAAUACACUGAACUAAAACAGAUGCUGACUUUAAGAAUAAGGGCAUAGCAUUCCGGUCCAGACGAGUUGUAGUCGGUCAGUUACUGUGGGCUAGCUUGUCUGUACCCUCUUGGAUAGGCAAUAUUAGGAGGCAGGCUGGUCUGUUUAUCCAGUCCUGGGGAGACCACAUGUGCUGAACCGUCUGUUUUGCUGCCAAUAGUAGCUCAGUGCAAUAGAUACCUUUAUACUAGAAGAUAUUUUCUAAAUGAAAUAUGCUAAAUGAGAGGUAAUCAGUGUUAAAUGCUGCCUGUACAAUUACAGUAAUAUGCAGAAACAGCAUGUAAAAUAAAUACUUGUAAAAAUAAACUACCCUCUACUUCA